AGUAAUUUUCACAUGACCUCUUGUAAGAAAUACCCUUUCGAUUUAAAGCUGUCACCUUCGCCUCGCUUAUCCACUUUCGCACAUAAACAUUGUUAAUAUGAGUGAGUAGCUUAACACCCUGCAAAUGUGCUUCGUCUAAACUCCUCACAAUUUUACACAUACGCACGCAGAUAUAGAUAGAGAAAACAGAAAAGGGGCAGGAGGAGGAGCGCUUUCUCUUCCUUUCUUUGCUUUCCAGACUCUGCAAAUCAUAACAAGUUUUCAGUCAUUUCCUUUUCACCACAAACCCUCUGUUUUCAGGUACAACUAUAUGUUCCAGUGAAGAUGAUAAAAAGAGUUGCAACAAGGUCUAGCUUUGAGGGUUGUGCUUCUUUGUGACCAUUUUGCUCAUAAGAAACAACUAAAGGGAAAUUCUUUAUGUCACUCUCAUCUCAUGUGGAUAAUAUUGAGAUGGAUGGUAUUGUUAUACGCUUCAUAAUCCUUGUGUAGGGUUUAGAUCUUGUAAUUGUGAAAGAUGGAGUUGUCUUUGCCUUCCUCAUUGCAAAGGAAUUGGCCCAUCACCUCUCUCAAUUCCAGCUUCCUCCCUCACUAUCCUCCUUGCUUAUUAGGUACAGUCAAGAAGAAUUAUAAAAUCAACAGGAUCUCACAAAAUAUCUCUUUUUCAAUAUCGUGCUCAUCUGUCAAAACUGUCCGUAGUCCUUCACUGGACAGGCAUGUUGUGAAGCAGAACAAGAUACGUUUUGUCCAAAAGCUACAAACACUUCUCCUCUCUAAACCAAAAUGCUUUAUUCCAAUUCAUAUUCUUUAUAAAUGUCGAUCCUAUCUUUCCCUAUCAAAGCCACGGUCCAUCAUCUCAAUGAUCCAUCGUUAUCCUACCAUUUUCGAACUCUUCUCAAUCCCAACACCUCCGUUGCCAGUCAACGCAACCAAGUCAUUAUCACAACUCUGUGUCCGUCUAACCCCAGCUGCAGCAGCCCUUGCAGCUCAGGAAUUAAGUCUCAAAUCUGCCAUCUCCGACUCUUUGGCCACCAAACUCCAGAAACUUCUUAUGCUCUCUUCUCAUCACCGGCUACUUCUGUCAAAGUUGGUUCAUGUAGCUCCAGAUCUUGGUCUUCCCCCUAAUUUCCGCUCUCGUUUAUGCAAUGACCAUCCAAAUAAAUUCAAGACUGUUGACACCUCCUAUGGCCGUGCGCUUGAGCUUGUCUCCUGGGACCAAGCCUUGGCAAAGCCUUUACAGUCUCCUAAAAUUAAAUCGCGUGAGCUAAUAGUAGACAGGCCUUUGAAGUUUAAGCAGUUGACACUUCGAAAGGGGCUAAAUUUGAAGAGGCGUCACCAAGAUUUUUUGCUCAAGUUUAAAGAAAUUCCAGAUGUGUGUCCAUACAAUACCCCUGUCUCAGACUUGCCUAAAGAGUCAAUUGAGGCGGAGAAGAGAGCUUGUUUGGUGGUGAGAGAAGUGCUAGGAAUGACAGUUGAAAAGAGAACUUUGAUAGACCAUUUGACUCAUUUUAGGAAAGAGUUUGUGCUGCCAAACAAAUUGAGAGGGAUGAUCAUGCGGCACCCAGAGUUAUUCUACGUGAGCUUGAAAGGGCAGAGAGAUUCUGUGUUCUUGGUGGAGGGUUUUGAUGAUAAGGGUGCGCUGUUGGAGAAGAAAGAGACUUUGGUGAUAAAGGAAAAGUUGAUGGAGUUGGUCAGGGAAAGCAAGAGACUAAGAAGAGAGAGGAGGAAAGCUCGCGAUAACAACACUGAGAUUGGUGAUGCUAGUGAUGAGUUUGAGUAUGAUGACAAUGAUGACGAUUAUGAUGACGGUUUUCAGAGUUUGUUUGAGUCUGAAGAUUUGUAUUUGGAUGAUGAUGAUGAUGAGAAGGUUGAGACAGUGGACUACAGGGAGAAUGGGCAGUUUUGGACUGUUGAUGCUCAUUCUGUUCUUGGUGGCGGGAAGCAACCUAUGGAACCUUGGUAGCAGAGAAUGUCACAAAUGUACAUAUUUUACCUGAAAAUAAUCAAAGUGGUGAGGGUGUUAUUUUUGCAGUUA